AUGAGCUGUCACAUAUGCGCCUCUGCUCACCCCCGCUUGUCGUUCCUCUGCCCGACGUGUGUCCGCAAUCGUCUUUAUCGCCUACGCCUAGAGAAUACCCGGGUCCUUUUGGAGAAGGGUGUGGUAGAAAAACAAAUUGAAGUCGCCGUCUGCCAUCAGUUUUCUCAUAAAUCGCAAGUCGAAGCCGGCUCAUCGAGGGCAGACCCUGAAACCCUCAAGUGCUGGGCCCUGCAGACGAUCUUGAGUCAACAAGCUGGCUCAGUGUCACGGAGCGAUACUCUAGAUCAGCAAAUCAAGACCUUAAAAGAAGAUAUUCAAGCUAAGAAGAACAGUAUCUUUGAGCGCAAAGGAUUAUUGGCCCGUAGGCGCUCUGAUGCUGAAUCUGCUCGAUACCAGCUCGGGGAGCGGGAGACUGCCAUCUUGACAGGGAUACAGAACACAACCAAGCGGACUGAGCACCUCUGGCACUCAUUACACAGCAAGACAGCUGAAGCAAGAAUCUUUCUCUGUCGAGAAGCUGCCCAUCUCUAUGGUCUACGACAGAAGACCACGAAGAAAGCGGAUGCGCGCCCAAAUUAUGUAUUAGGAGGCAUAUCUAUAGUAGAUCUGAGAGAUAUGAAUGGUGCUACACCAGCUCAGAUCUCAACUUCACUAUCCAACAUCGCACACCUCCUCAUACUUGUUUCGCACUAUCUCUCCCUGCGACUCCCCGCGGAGAUCACUUUACCCCACCGAAAUUAUCCUACCCCGACUAUAUUUGCCCCCAAUGCAUCAUAUCACUCGCGUGAGGCUCCUGAUGGCUCUUCUAUUCCACAAACCUCUACAUCCAGCCCCACAACGUCGAGGAUGGCGGAAGUACGCUCUCAACCACGGCCGCGGCCACUCUUUAUUGAUAAACCUUUACCUCGUUUGGCUAAGGAAGAUCCUGGAACUUACGCUCACUUUAUUGAGGGAGCUGCGCUUCUCGCCUGGGAUGUUGCUUGGCUUUGUCGAACUCAGGGGAUCAACCUAUCAUCCGACUCAUGGGAGGAAGUGUGCAACAUUGGAAAAGGGAUGUGGCAACUACUUGUUGGGCCACCAGCUCAACCGUCGACUCUAAUGCGAGCCUUUGCCGGUCGAGAUACGCAAGCCAAAAUGAAAACCAAUAGGGACUCCCCCCAGACCACUAUUCAACGCCCCAAAUCCUUUCCUAUGUUGGGACACUACUCGCACGGCACCGUUCAUUCUUUCCUUGGGGCGGCUGAGGGAUCUGAUUUUGUUCGAUCCUGGAAGCUACCCACGCCCACUCGAAUUGUGGACAAACUGAAAUUUAAUCUCCUUGGAGAAAUGACAAGUGCAGAAUGGGAGUUGUUAGAAGAGAAGGAGUGGGAUGAUGAACAUGAACAACCAAUAGUCCCUGGCCCGCUUUCUUCUACUCCACCUGGAGCGCACGUGGGCAGGGACAACAAUCUAACAACAGAUGAGACUCGUCGAAAAGGGUCCAGUGGUUGGACGAAACUCAACAGUAGAUAG